AUGCAAAUGUUCUUCGACAUGCUGCAAGCUCUUGCCAUUCCACCAAAGAUUUUUUACGUCCAUCGCUCUCUGAAUUUUCUCUAUCAAUUCUGGAUUCACUCGACUGUUGUACCUCACCUCGGCCCACUCGAGUACUUCAUUAACACUCCAUCUAGUCACCGAGUCCACCAUGGAAGAAAUCCAUACUGCAUCGACAAGAACUAUGGCGGCGUCCUGAUUAUAUGGGACAGACUUUUUGGCACAUACGAGCCGGAACGGAAAGAGGAAGAGAUCGCUUACGGACUAGUUACGCCUGUGGCGUCAUUCAAUCAAUUGUGGUGUCAAUUCUUCGCAUUCAAAGUUUUCGGUUACGACAAAGGUCAGAUGAGAAAAGAGAACAAUGAAGAGUUUUUCCCAGGGACCUGGAACAAGGUGAAAGCCGCUUUCUGGCCGCCAGCUUACUUUCCGGGAAUGCGAACGAAACGCUUCUUUCUGUGGUUUUGCAUGGAGGACAACACUGAGGGGAUUCCUGAGGUCGAACGUUGUCCUACUGUUCGCUACAAUCCUCCAUUAUCCGACUCCAUUCGCUACUAUCUGUUGGUACAAUGGGUGUUUUUCAUUUAUUGGUUCCUUGAAUUCAGUAUGCUCCGGUCAUUCCUCGGCUGGACGGAAUUUCUUUGCCGAUUCAGCUUUCUUAUCGCUUACGUGCAAAUGUUUGGUUACUAUUUCGAUCAAAGUGAUUUGUCGUUGCUCUUCGACUCAACACGACUGACGCUGUCUAUAAUGCUUGGAAUUUUCCUUAACGACCACUUAAUGGCUGUCUACUGCUUGGCAUCGCUGGCUACUGUUUUUUGGUUCGAAGAAGCGUGGAAAAUGUGA